AUGUUUCGAGCCCGGCAAGUGACUCGGACGGCCAACGCCGCUGCUCACCAUCCACGGACUCCCAUUACCAUUCUGAGAAGACAAAGAAUACUUGGGAAAACCAGGGGAGCCGCCUCUGCUGCGACACAGUCAAUACCAACAAUAGAUGUCGCUGCUCCAAGCCUUCGUGUGUCACCGGCAGCGGCUGAUGAAUCGUUCAUCGGUAUGACAGGAGGCCAUAUUUUCCAUGAGAUGAUGCGGAGACAUAACGUGGAACAUGUCUUUGGAUACCCCGGCGGAACCAUUCUCCCCGUUUUUGACGCUAUCUACAAUUCCCAAUACUUCGAUUUCAUCCUCCCCAAGCAUGAACAAGGUGCAGGUCACAUGGCGGAGGGUUAUGCAAGAGCCUCGGGCAAGCCAGGUGUUGUCCUUGUCACAUCUGGACCUGGUGCCACGAAUGUCAUCACGCCCAUACAAAAUGCUCUCUGUGACGGAACCCCUUUGGUCGUUUUCUGCGGCCAAGUGGCCACCUCAGUCAUUGGAAGUGAUGCAUUUCAGGAAGCCGAUAUAUUGGGAAUCUCCCGCGCCUGUACUAAAUGGAAUAUCAUGGUCAAACAUACAUCCGAACUACCCCAGAGAAUCAACGAAGCCUUUGAAAUUGCCAUGAGUGGGAGACCAGGUCCCGUGCUCGUGGAUCUACCCAAGGAUACCACAGCUGGUGUGCUCCGGCAGGCAAUCCCAACUGCGUCCGCCUUGCCUAGUCUACCUGAAAUGCAGCAAACCAUUCCGAUCAAGUCCAUUUCUCGUGUGGCGGACCUGAUCAACAGGGCCAAGAGGCCGGUAAUCUAUGCCGGCCAUGGUGUCUUGAGCUCCGAAGGACCUAGGCUCCUCAAAAAACUCGCGGAUAAGGCCUCGAUCCCCGUAACCACCACCUUGCAAGGACUCGGCGCCUUCGACGAACUCGAUGAGAAAUCCCUGCAUAUGUUGGGAAUGCACGGUUCAGCUUAUGCCAACAUGUCAAUGCAGAAAGCUGAUCUCAUCAUUGCCCUUGGUGCACGGUUUGAUGACCGUGUGACCUUGAACAUCCAGAAGUUCGCACCUGCUGCGAAGGCAGCUGCGGCUGAUGGCUGUGGUGGUAUUGUACAUUUUGAAAUCAUGCCCAAGAAUAUCAACAAGGUUGUCCAAACUACCGAGGCCGUGGUUGGUGAUAUCUCAGAAAAUGUUGCCCACCUGCUUCCCCUUGUAAAGAAGACGACCAUGGUAGACCGGUAUGAGUGGUUCAAGGAAAUUAAUGAGUGGAAAGCACGGUGGCCCCUCAACCUAUAUGAGUGUUCUGAAGAACGAUCGCACUUGAUCAAACCCCAAUAUCUUAUUGAACAACUCAGCAACCUUACUUCUGAUCGCAAGCAUGAGACCAUCAUUACCACUGGGGUUGGCCAGCAUCAAAUGUGGACGGCACAGCAGUUCCGCUGGCGCUACCCACGCACCAUGAUCACAUCAGGUGGAUUGGGUACUAUGGGCUAUGGACUUCCUGCUGCAAUUGGAGCCAAGGUGGCUCGGCCAGAGGCUCUCGUCAUUGACAUUGAUGGAGAUGCAUCCUUUGCAAUGACGCUCACUGAGAUGUCUACUGCUGCUCAAUUCAAUAUUGGUGUGAAGGUCAUUGUUCUGAAUAACGAGGAACAGGGUAUGGUCACGCAAUGGCAGAACCUCUUUUAUGAAGACCGCUACGCACAUACUCACCAGCAGAACCCUGAUUUUAUGGCAUUCGCCAAAGCAAUGCGCAUCCAACAUCGCCGCAUCAGCAAGCCAGAGGAAAUCACAGAUGCUUUGACAUGGCUCAUCAACACGGACGGUCCAAGUCUGCUGGAGGUUGUCACCGACAAGAAGGUGCCUGUCUUUCCCAUGGUCCCUGCUGGGUCAGGUCUCCAUGAGUUUAUUGCGUUUGACGCCUCACAGGACAAGCAGAGAAGAGAUCGCAUGCGUCAAAGAACUUCUGGUCUUCAUGGAGAGUAA